CACCACCACUCUCACUCCGACCACAUCGUUGUAUAAGUUCCCGCCAGCUACAUCCACCAGCGGGAAACACACACCCACACGUCUGCACACCAUGGCAGACACGGAGCCCAGCCUUGUCGCCAGCGCCCUCGGCACCGCCGCCUACGCCUUCACAAAAGUGCAACCGCUCCUCCCCGUCUACCUCCACAUGAUCCUCGCCUCCCUCUUCCCAAUCUACGCCGCCGCCCACGCCUCGCUCACGCGCCCCUCGACCGCCGCCAAACCGCCCAAGAAGAGCCGAAAAGACCGCAAGCGCGACGGCGCUGCCGAAGAUGAAGACAGCGACUCUGAAGACGAGGAGGAGGAGGAGCCGGAGAAUGAGAUGGAAGGACUCUCACCGAGACAUAUCAUUCUAUUUCCGCUCUUCGCGGGGAUUUCGCUGGCGACGCUGUAUUUUUUGUUGAAAUGGCUCAAGGACCCGAGUAUACUGAGUAAAGCGCUCAACGCGUACUUUGCCGUUUUCGGUUUCUUCGCUGUGACGAAGUUGGUGAGCGAUGUAUUGGACAUUGGGCAUUCGAUCAUAUUCCCAAGGCGACAUGUUCUCGGAGGCGCGCUAUACCAUGUCGAUGCCACAAAAGCGAAAGCCCUACCCGUCGCUGGCAACACCAAGGCCAGCGGACCUAUCACAAGCCCGCUCCCCGGCUUCCUCGCACGCAUACCACUGUCCGACGGAGCGCAACAAUGGCUCUGGGCUGACCGCGCGAUGCCUUCGAAUAAGUGGACAAUCAAGCUUUAUCUUGAGCGCGCUUUGGCGGGCAAAGCUCGAGUAGGCGCGCAUACGCUUGUCGGUGCUGUGGUUGCGCUGGCUACGCUUGGCUACUUUAACCUGGUGGAUAAGACGUGGUAUCUGACGAACCUGUUGGGUUUUAGCUUUGCGUAUGGCAGUAUCCAGGUUAUUAGUCCGACGACGUUUGCUACGGGGAGUGCGAUACUCGUGGGCCUCUUUUUCUACGAUAUCUAUAUGGUCUUCUUCACACCUCUAAUGGUAACAGUAGCAUCCUCCCUCGACGUCCCUAUCAAACUCAUGUUCCCCAAACCCGGCACCGCAACCACGCCCUCGGGCAAGAACGCCGCUGCCAUGCUCGGUCUGGGCGAUAUCAUCAUACCGGGACUCAUGAUAGGACUUGCACUGCGUUUCGAUCUCCACCUUUUCUACCUCCACCGCCAGAAACGCGUCCCAGCAACGAUUGAGGGAGGCGAGGACACUAUUGUGAAGGCAGAGUUUACACCCCUGGCGGGACGGUGGAGCGACCAUUUCUGGACGCAUUCCCUCAUGGGACGACCUCUGUGGACUUCUGCCGCACCGCAAAAAGACGAGAAGGAAGAAGCGCCGUUUACUUUCCCCAAGACAUAUUUUAACGCCUCGCUGGUGGGCUAUGUAGGUGGACUGGUCGCCACGUUCGCCGCGCUGCAUCUUAUGAACCAUGCGCAACCAGCUCUCCUUUGGCUCGUUCCUGGCGUGCUACUCAGUCUCUGGGCGACAGCUCUUGUGCGCGGCGAGAUUGGCCUCAUGUGGAAUUACAGCGAGGAGAUUGUUGAAGAAGCGACGGAGGCUGGUAAGGAAGCGACCAAGAGGACGGGGCAGUGGAUUAAGGAGGAAGAUGUGAAUGCUGUUAAGAAGCCGGCGACGGGGAAGUCGCGGAGACCGGAGAGGGAAAUCUUUUCAUUUUCUAUUGAGGGGCCGAAGAAAGUUGGGCCGACGGCUGUGGGGAAGGAGAAUGGGAAGGGUGAGGGUGGUGUUGAGGGUAAUGGGAAUGGCACGACUGUUCCCACGGACGUGAAGAGUCAGGUUUGGACUGGUUCCGAGGCGCAUAGUUCGGCGAGGGAAGAGGGGGGUGUUGAACCUGCUGGGAAGAGGCUCAGGGUCAGGUAGGGGAAGAUAAAAUAUGUGAGCGAGGAAAAGAGAAGGUGGCUUAUGUCUGAUGAUUCAUUUGUGCAUAGCGAUGGAGUUUGGGAAGAGAGCAUAUCCAGCCCUGCAAGAUAAUAUCUACUUGUUCAGGUUAGGUCUUCGAUGAAAUAAGAGAUCAUCUCCUUAUCCAUCCCCUGGUCUACAACAGUCCUCUAUCGUGGCAGCCACGCCUUGAUAUUUCCCCAUCUGUCCUCAUUGGUCUUCCUCUCCUCAAACCGAAGACAUUCACCAUAUCCAUCAUUUCCCACAUCCACCGCAUUUCUCUCCACUACUGCCUUCGCCGCGAUUGAUAUGUGAGCAGUGAGGGCAUAGCCAUUCGGACAUGUGUGGCAUGCUGGUAUUUUGAUGGGUUGACAGGCGUUUGGAUUCGGGA